AUGUACUACGCUUCCGGAAGCGUGUUUUGAAAAGGGACUUGAAUCAGACAAUUGAGAUUAACUCAUUUUGAGAGAUUUUGUUUUCUUACAUACAUUUCCAGCAGAAAAAACAACAAACAUGGAGACAACAAGCGACGGGAAGAUGAAGAUGCCUAAAGUUGCAAAGGUGAAGAACAAAAUGCCUGCUCCAGUACAGAUCACAGCAGAGCAGUUGCUGAGAGAGGCAAAGGAGAGGGAAUUGGAGCUGGUGCCGCCGCCUCCCAAACAGAAGAUAUCUGACCCUGAGGAACUUGCUGAUUAUCGAAUGAGGAAAAGAAAGGCUUCAGAGGACAACAUACGCAAGAACCGAAGUGUGAUGACCAACUGGAUUAAGUAUGCUCAGUGGGAAGAAAGCCAGAAGGAACUUCAAAGAGCAAGAUCAAUCUGGGAGAGAGCUCUGGAUGUUGACCACAGGAACAUCACAGUCUGGCUGAAGUAUGCAGAGAUGGAAAUGAGGAACCGCCAGAUUAACCAUGCCAGGAAUGUGUGGGAUCGGGCUGUCACCAUCCUGCCCCGGGCCAACCAGUUCUGGUACAAGUACACCUAUAUGGAGGAGAUGCUGGCCAACAUUGCAGGGUGUCGCCAAGUGUUCGAGAGAUGGACCGAGUGGGAGCCUGAGGAACAAGCCUGGCACUCCUACAUCAACUUUGAGCUCCGCUACAAGGAACUGGACCGAGCCAGGGCAAUAUACGAGAGAUUCGUGAUCGUCCACCCGGAGGUGAAGAACUGGAUCAAGUAUGCCAAGUUUGAGGAGAAGCACUCCUACAUCAACAGUUCCCGGAGCAUCUACGAAAGGGCCGUGGAGUUCUUUGGGGAGCAUAAUGUUGACGAGAAACUGCUCAUUGCAUUUGCCAAGUUUGAAGAAGGGCAAAAGGAGCAUGACCGAGCCCGUGUCAUCUACAAGUUUGCAUUGGACCACCUGCCGAAGGAAGCUUGUCAAGAGAUCUACAAGCAGUACACCAUGCAUGAGAAGAGGUAUGGUAGUCGGGCUGCCAUAGAGGAUGUCAUAGUCAACAAGAGGCGCUUCCAGUAUGAAGAGGAAGUGAAUGCCAAUCCCAUGAACUACGAUGCCUGGUUCGACUACCUGCGACUGUUGGAGGCUGAUGGGAAUGUAGAGCAAGUGCGGGAGACGUAUGAGCGAGCCAUUGCCAACCUCCCACCAUCAAAGGAAAAGCGUCACUGGCGGAGGUACAUCUACCUGUGGAUCAACUACGCUGUGUACGAGGAGCUCGAGACUGGGGACAUGGAGCAUGCACGCAAUGUGUACAAAGCCUGUCUAGAUGUUGUCCCUCACAAGAGCUUCACCUUCGCCAAGGUGUGGCUGCUGCUGGCACAGUUCGAGAUCCGCCAGCGGAACCUACAGGCUGCCAGGAGGGUGCUGGGAGCAGCUAUCGGCAAGUGUCCCAAGAACAAACUGUUCCGUGGCUACAUUGAGCUGGAGCUGCAGUUGAGGGAGUUCGACCGGUGCCGCAUUCUCUAUGAGAAGUUCCUGGAGUUUGGCCCUGAGAACUGCACAUCAUGGAUGAAGUACGCUGAGCUGGAGACAAUCCUGGGAGACUCGGACAGGGCUCGCUCCAUCCUUGAGCUGGCCAUCGGUCAGCCCAAACUUGACAUGCCUGAGGUGCUGUGGAAGACGUAUAUUGACUUUGAGGUGGACCAGGAAGAGUACGACAAUACACGCAUGUUGUACAGGAGACUUCUAGAGAGGACGCACCACGUCAAGGUGUGGAUUAGUUUUGCCCAGUUUGAGAAGUCUACGGGUGAGGACACAGCAUAUGACAAGGUGCGGAAGGUAUACCGCGAGGCCAACAGCACCCUCAAGUCAGCCGAGGACAAGGAGGAGAGGUUAAUGCUCCUGGAGGCGUGGCAGGAGUUUGAGCGGGAGAAUGGUGACGGUGAGACGCAGAAGGUGGUGCAGAAGCUGAUGCCACAGAAGGUGAAGAAGAGGAGGAAGAUACAGACAGAAGACGGGACGGAAGCUGGGUGGGAAGAAUACUAUGACUACAUCUUCCCCGACGAGGAGGCGGCGAAACCCAACCUGAAGCUGCUGGCGCUGGCCAAACGCUGGAAACAGGAGCAGGAUGUGGUCAAGGAGGAUGGGGAGGACGGGGAGGAGGAGGAGGAGGAGGAGGAUGCAGAGAACUGAACUCAACCAUCAGCAGGACAACUGACACCCUUACCCAUCAUACCAUUGUACAUGUUCUAACAUGGAUGUGUGUUGACUGCCUUAUUAGAAUACAUCAGACAGUAUUCCAAGUUUCUGGGCAAGGUUGACCUUGCAUGCAGUUUCUCACUGAGGAGAACCUUUAAGAUCAGUUUCAGUAUAUUGUGGUAGCUAUCCCAGUUGAUAGGUACAAGAACCAGUUCUCAGUUAUGAUGGCUAUGAGUUUGCUGAUGUGGCAUAAAGAAAUAUUUACUCGCUCACUCACUCUGAUAAGCAAGUCCGGGCAUUAUGGGGCACUGUAAUAUUUGGCCAAAGUGUAAUAAUCCACAUUUGUCUAAUCUCCUGGUAGGGACAGUCUCUAUGGUGCUGAUUGGGUGCCAAAGCACAUGCACAUGAGUGAUAAAGAACCAGGUAAUUUCCAUAUGAAUGUAUAUGUUGAAAAUGAACAUAACUACUUAAGCAGCUAUCCCUUUGCAUGUUUGAUAUUCUACCUCUCAGCCUCCCUGGAGGACUGAUUGUGAUGAGGGAUGUAGUUUCUGUUUGGACAAUACCGUCAGUGCUGAAUGUUUUCGGACUGGGGCUUUGUAGAGUAUGAGUGUAUGUAUUUGGGUUGGAAUCUGCAGUCAGUGUCAAGGCAGUGUGUAAAGAGGCAACUUUCUCAAAUGAAGAGGAUCAACUGGCGGAUCCAGAGGGGGAUACAGGGCAUGCGUCACCCAGAAGACCUGGGUUUGAUUCCCUACAUCUGUUUAGACCAUUUUUGGUUUAUCCCAGCUGUGAUCUGUCUGGAUUAGUGCUAAAAGCCAGACUCACUCAUUCACUGAUACAGUGAAACCACAUAAUUGCGGCAGUACUGUUCCUCGUUAAAUUGUGGUAUAAAUGAAUCCUAGGUACAUAGAAAUGUCACUUUUGACGUUUGUAAGUCUGGAGUGCAAGGUUUCUGCACUGAGAGGGUGAGGACUGGCAGGUGUCACUGUGUUCAUUCAUAUACUGAUGCAUCAUGAAGAUAUUCAGCAGUCAGCAGUUUACCUGCAUGGUUUCAUCUGUGCCAUCCUCUUCAGUGUAUUCACAUCAUUUUUCAUCGGACCAAAUCAUGUAAUUGUGACAGUCAAGCAUAUUUUCAAGAACAUUUUGUAAUUGUAUAUUUUGUAAAUAAACAACGGACAUUACAUC